AUGUCUUCGCUAUUUGAUGCUGUGAUUCAGUCCGAGUUGGGCUCUGGCCCUGCUCGUGAGAACUUCCAAUCCGAUAACCUCCCUAGCUCUCGGCGCUCGGAGAGCAAUGGUCCAAUGAGUGAUAUGAAUGCUUUUCCUGAUGACCGAGUCGUAGGAGCUGGUAACUCAGCAGUCAGCCGUCUUCGAAACCCAUAUGCCCCUGGCCCCCCACCCGUAAUCGAUGAGGCAGGAGAGAAGGUUCAGCAGAACUUCGAGGAGCUGCUGGAGACAUUCGUGGAUGAGCCGCCAUCAUCAGCGCCACCAUCAUCGGGACAGGUUCUCAGCAAGAACUAUUACAUUGCGCAGAUCAAGGGCAUGAAAAAAUUCGAGCUAUCAACUCUCUAUGUUGAUUUCACCCACCUCACAUCCUGGGAGAAUCCUAUUCUUGCAGAUGCCAUCGCCACACAAUACUACCGAUUCCAACCUUUCCUCACGAAGGCGCUCCACAACCUCAUCGCCAAGUACGAACCAGAAUAUUUUGUCUCCCACCGAUUGACCGCUAGCGCCUCUUCGCAAGCCAGUACUUCCGUUGCCUCCGCGUACGCGGGCGUUUCUGACAACCCCGACCUCGAGCGUCAAAUCCGCGAGAAGACCCGUCACCAGCAGACCGACAAACUGUUUGCCCUUGCAUUUUACAACCUACCUUUGGUUUCCAGAUUGCGACAGCUUCGGACAAACCAGAUUGGUAAAUUGUUGUCUGUCUCGGGAACAGUCACACGGACCUCCGAAAUCAGGCCGGAAUUGUCGCUCGGAACAUUUAUUUGUGAAGGCUGCAAGACUGUCGUCCCGAAUGUGGAGCAGACCUUCAAGUACACAGAGCCAACAGAGUGCCCCAACAGCACCUGUGGUAACCGAGUAGGAUGGCGUCUCGACAUUGGAAAGAGUACAUUCGUCGAUUGGCAAAAGGUCAAGCUCCAGGAAUCAUCGCACGAGAUCCCCACUGGUAGUAUGCCACGGACAAUGGAUGUGAUCUUGCGUGGUGAGAUGGUUGACCGUGCCAAGGCUGGUGAACGCUGCAUCUUCACCGGUACCUUGAUUGUCGUCCCCGAUGUCAGCCAACUUGGUCUUCCCGGUGUUCGCCCUGAAGCAGUCCGUGACAACGGUUCCUUCCGAGGCAACGAGGUUGGCGGUGGCGGAGUCUCUGGAUUAAAGUCCCUGGGAGUCCGUGAUUUGACCUACCGACUGGCCUUCCUUUCUUGCAUGGUCACGCCAGACACAACCACCCCCGGCCAGAAGCCAGAACAGCAAUUGAGUGGCCAGUCAAACAACAUUUUGGCUUCCUUGAAUCAGAACCAGGAGGCUGAUACCGGGGAUGAAUCAGCCCAAGAAGCUUUCCUGCAAAGUCUCACACCUGCUGAGGUGCAGGACCUCAAACAGCUCGUGCACUCAGAAUACAUUUACUCCCGAUUGGUGGACUCGAUUGCACCGAUGAUUUGGGGUCAUCGCCAGAUUAAAAAGGGUCUUCUUUUGCAGUUGAUUGGUGGUGUUGCCAAAUCGACAGAGGCUGAGAGCCUGCAACUUCGUGGUGAUAUCAACAUUUGUAUUGUUGGCGAUCCAUCCACCAGUAAGAGUCAGUUCUUGAAGUAUAUCUGCUCUUUGCACCCCCGCGCAGUCUACACCAGUGGUAAAGCCUCUUCCGCUGCUGGUUUGACUGCUUCCGUCGUGAAGGAUCCCGAGACAGGAGAAUUUACAAUCGAAGCUGGUGCCCUGAUGCUUGCAAACGGUGGUGGUAUUUGUGCCAUUGACGAGUUUGACAAGAUGGACAUCCACGACCAAGUCGCCAUUCACGAAGCCAUGGAACAGCAGACCAUCUCUAUUGCCAAGGCUGGUAUCCACACUACUCUGAAUGCUCGUGCAUCUAUUCUUGCCGCCGCCAACCCCGUUGGUGGCCGCUACGACCCUAAGACCACCCUUCGCAACAACUUGAACUUCAGUGCACCAAUUAUGAGUCGUUUCGAUGUAUUCUUUGUCAUCCGUGAUGACCCCAAGGAGUCCGUUGACCGCAAUCUGGCCGAGCACAUUGUCAACGUUCACAUGAACCGAGAUGAGGCCGUGGAGCCGGAGUUGAGCACUGAACAACUGCAACGCUACAUCCGUUUCGCACGUACAUUCCGCCCUGUUUUCACUGAUGAGGCAAAGACUCUGCUAGUCGAGAAAUAUAAGGAGCUGCGCACCAACGAUUCCCAAGGUGGCAUCGGCCGCUCUUCUUACCGUAUCACUGUCCGUCAGCUUGAGUCUCUGAUUCGUCUUUCAGAGGCUGUUGCCAAAGCCAACUGCGUUGAGGAAAUUGUUCCCAAGUUCGUCAUCGAAGCCUAUGAUCUCCUCCGACAGAGUAUCGUGACUGUCGAGAAGGACGAUGUUGAAAUGGACGAGGAAGUAUCUGGUGGCACAAACAACGCCGAUGAGGACCAGGAGAUGGGAGAUGGCGAUAACGAAGGCGAUAGCCCUAUGCGCGACGUUGAAGCUCCCCAAGUCUCCGCCCAGGCCGAGCGCCAAAAGACCAAGAUCACCUACGACAAGUAUGCCAAGAUCCUAAACAAGAUCGUGAGACGUGUGCACGAAGACGAGGUGAACUCCGGCGAGGGUGUUGAGCAAGAAGACCUUGUGCUUUGGUAUUUGGAGCAAAUCGAAGGUGAAUUGAAUACGGCAGAAGACUUGGAGCGCGAGCGUGAGUUGGCUGUCAAGGUCAUGAAGCGCAUGGUCAAGGACAAACUGCUGCUGCGUAUCUCUGGAUCUGGCCUCACUGACGAUUCUGUGCCCCAGCAAGAUGACGGCAAGGUUCUUUAUGUCAUGCAUCCUGACUGUGUCUUUGAGGAAAUGUGA